UGCAUGGAUCGAUGUAUUGAUCUAUCUAUCUAUCCACCCUCCAACUGUGCCACACCCGGACCAGCCACCCUUCCUGCGCGUGCGCUUAUCUCACCAAUCUCACUCAAGCAUCCCGUGACUGCAUAUCCAUUUAUUCGUCACCCGAGCUCUGUCCGCCUGCGAAGAAAGCAUGACCGGUCGAGAAAAUGCAUCACGAGUCCCACCACCCACGCGCAUGCCGCCGAGGACCCGGUCGACCUUCGCUACCAAAACUGCCUCAGACGUUGCUGAGCAGUUGAGCCGAAGAGGUUCCAUUGUUCACCAUCCAACCGACUCCCCAAACGAAGCUACUCCCCUUUUGGCUGCCUCGUCGGAACCUGCCGUUGAUCCUGGUCAAGCAGCUACUACCACUUCGCAGAAUCGCCCCAGAGAACUGUCGCAAGAAACCGAUCAUGGCCUCAAUAGCAUGCGACACUGGUUCUAUAGCACGCUGGACGUUUUGCCUUCUAGAUCAUCCAAGAAUGUCUCUGCUACACCAGAGCUCAAAUCUAAUCACCCAUCUGAUGCAACCACCACCUUGACAAAACCACGCCCUGGCGCCUUUCCUAGACCUGUGGGUGGGACGUCGAAACUGGGUACCUUUGCCGGUGUCUUUGUGCCUACAACGCUCAAUGUUCUCAGUAUCUUGAUGUUCUUGAGGUUCGGUUUCAUACUUGGCCAAACCGGUUUGCUUGGUAUGAUGGGAAUGCUGAUUGCUUGUUAUUGCAUUAAUCUUUUGACUACCAUGUCCAUUUCUGCCAUUGCCACGAAUGGCACCGUUCGUGGUGGAGGCGCGUAUUACUUGAUAUCUCGAAGCUUGGGGCCCGAGUUCGGUGGCUCCGUCGGGCUUGUCUUCUAUUUCGGCCUCGUCUUCAAUACUAGUAUGAACGCCGUUGGCCUGAUCGACUGCUUCAUUGAGAAUUUCGGUGCCGACACAGGAAGCUGGUCCCAAUGGAUGUUCCAAGGCUUUUGGUGGCAGUUUCUGUGGGCUACUGCAGUCCUUGUCAUCUGCACUAUCGUCUGCUUAGCAGGAAGCGGCAUUUUUGCUCGGUGCAGUAAUGGACUUCUCGUCCUAUUGCUCGUGGCCACCCUUAGUAUUCCAGUCUCCACCCUCAUCGUCGGUCCCUUCUCCAAUCCGAAAGAAGGCAUCGUAUACACCGGUCUAAGCCUGCAGACGCUUCGUGAGAAUCUGGUGCCGCACUUCACCAAGAAGGCUGCCGGUGCCCAGUACAAACACACCGGAACGUUCCAGGACAUGUUCGGUAUCCUGUUUCCUGCUACGGGGGGCAUAUUUGCCGGAGCUUCAAUGUCCGGUGAUCUGAAGCAUCCGUCCAAAGCAAUCCCAAAAGGGACACUCUACGGACUAGGAUUGACUUUCUUCCUGUAUACAAUCGUCAUUUUCGCCAUGGCAGCUACCAUUACUCGGGAAUCCUUGUAUAACAAUACAAACGUCAUCCAACUAACCAAUAUAUCUGGUGUCAUCAUUCUCCUCGGCGAAUUUGCAACAGCAGCCUUCUCUGUUCUGAUGGGCGUUACCGGAUCAGCAAAACUCCUCCAAGCUCUUGCGCGAGACAACCUGUUGCCGGGCCUAUCGAUCUUCGGUCAGGGCACACAGAAGUCAGACGAUCCAGUCUACGCAAUCUUCAUCACGUACAUACUGGCUCAGUUAACUAUGCUUUCCGACAUCAAUCAGAUUGCAUCGUUUGUCACCAUGACUUACUUGAUGACAUUUUUGGUCACGAAUCUGGCAUGCUUUCUCUUGAAGAUUGGAUCAGCCCCCAAUUUCCGACCGUCCUUCCACUUCUUCAACUGGCAGACAGCUGCCGUUGGGGCUGUGCUCUCUGGUGCAACCAUGUACUUUGUGGAUGGUGUAUACGCAUCAGCCUGUGUAGCGCUCUUGAUCAUGAUCUUCCUUAUAAUUCAUUACACCACACCGCCAAAGCCAUGGGGAGAUGUUAGCCAGAGUCUGAUUUAUCAUCAAGUCCGAAAGUACCUGCUGCGACUGCGUCAGGAGCAUGUCAAAUUCUGGCGACCGCAGAUCCUGCUUCUAGUAAACGAUCCUCGACGUCAAUACAAGCUGAUCCAAUUCUGCAACUCACUCAAGAAAGGAGCUUUGUUUGUUCUCGGGCAUGUUAUCGUAUCUGACGACUUCGGUGGGGCGGUCCCAGAAGCUCGUCGUCAGCAGCAAUCCUGGACCAAGUACAUUGAUUUCUCGAAGAUCAAGGCAUUCGUAAACAUAUCUAUUGCUCCCACAGUGGAAUGGGGCGCCAGGAAUAUCUUGCUUGGCGCUGGACUUGGAGGAAUGAGGCCGAACAUCGUGGUCAUGGGUUUUUACAAUCUAGGAGAAUUGAGACAAAAAAAGCCGGACAUCGAGAUCCCGUCCCCACAACCAUCGCGUCCAGCCAGUAAAGCAGCGAAUUAUCCUAUAUCGCGACAAGCCAUCCAAGCAAUUGCCACAAAACGGAAGUUGACUGGUAAACUUCCGGGGAUGCUACCUACAGACGCCAUGAAGCCGGAAAAUGCAGUUGGGAUCCAAAACUACGUCACCAUAGUUGAGGACCUUGUUCUUCGCCUGCAAAUCAACGUUGCACUAGCGAAGGGCUUCAACGAUCUUGAAGUACCUGCCCCAAAGCCGUCAGCAAAGCAGAGGUUUUUAGGGGCAUUCGGAUUAAGUGACAUGGACGAUGAGGAACCGUCCAAAAAGUAUAUCGAUAUGUGGCCCAUCCAAAUGUCCGCCGAAAUUGCGACGGCCGGAGACGACCCCACCAAGAAGAACAUGCUGACGACAAACUUCGACACAUACACACUCAUUUUGCAGCUUGGAUGUAUUCUCCAUACAGUACCUUCGUGGAGGCGGACAUACCAACUCCGGGUCAUGGUAUUUGUAGAAUACGAGUCCGACGUGGAAGAAGAGCGCGCACGCGUGACUACCCUUUUACGUAAUCUUCGCAUUGAGGCAGAGGUGUUUGUCUUUUGGCUGGCCAGUGGCGACAACAGAAUGUACGAGGUUAUUGUCAAUGGGCGGGACGAUAGCGACUGUGCGCAGGCUGCAUCAGAUGCCAACGAUGCGCUGGAGGACGAAGAGUGGUGGUCGGAUAUCCAGAGACUGCGGCGCCCUCAGGACCUGACCGCCAGUCAGGAUUUAGCUCAGACCAAGGAUCUUUUACAGGCCGUGAACAACUGGCCGACAGCAUCGUUUCAACAUGGCAAGAAGGAACUGCGACCCAAGCGCUUCCGACAACUACGUAAGAUGCUGAGACGUAGUAAGAAGGCAUCCAUCAAUGAUCUUCACCAGGCUGGUGCCACAAUAGGCAUGCGUACGCAGCGCCUAUCGAGGGAUCUUUACAAUGAUAGCGGGUCUUCAUCUUCAGACGAAUCGGAAUCGGAAUACCCAAAUUCUGCGCCUUCAGACGUGCAAUCUAACCACGACGAAGCCAUCACAUCCUCCAGCGACUCGGCAGCUGACGCAGGCGAUGAUGAAUUAAGUUCUUAUGAUCUCGAUGCAUCCUCAUCAGAGGAUGAAGAUGACAAUAUCGUACGUCGUGGAAGUACGAGCGCAACUUCUACCGGCCGCGGCAACUUUCCUUUCCUCUCUUCGGGUCUCAAUCUUCGAAAGGCUUUGUUCCAUCGUUCUUCCUCACCUGGAUCCCAAUCUCAGAGUACAACUGUUGAUGCAGUCACACCUCUCUUGCCACAUGCUGGAGCCGCGACGUCAGACAGUGUAGUGACUACUGCCCACCAGACUUCCCUACCGGUACCUUCACCAUCAUCUCCUAGAAACGUGCCAUCCCCAACUUCACAUGCAGGCACGUCAACUGGCAGCGUUCGAUCUAUCGCCCAGCAGUCGAUUCCUAAAUUCGUAUCGAACCCUACUCCUCGCACCGCCAUUGUGGAUGAAGACACGGGCGGGCCAUCCAUCAUGUUCGUCGACACGCCAUCGCCCGAUGCAUCACGGAAACCAGAUCCGCUCCUUCUAUCUCCCACCAAGCAAAGCACCAACAAGAACAGACCAGCCGAAAUCCAACACGCACCCAGCUACCCGUUGAAGACACCAUCGCCUGCAGUUGCAUCUGAGUCGUCACCAGUCCUUUCGAAAUCAAAAACAAAGGCAAAGGCAGACUCCCCCGCUCGCCCUCCCGCGACCGGCUUCCCACAAUCGCGCUCGGUACCUUUCUCAUUCAACGACCUCCCCUGCCGCGCACAGCACCUCAUUCUCAACGAACUUAUGCGCAGCGCGUCAGACCCUGACGACACUGCUGUGGUCUUUACCACCCUGCCAUCUCCACUAGAAGGCACCAGCAAGAGCGAGCGCGAAUCUGUCAAAUAUGUAAGCGAUUUGGAGGUUCUAUGUCAGGGACUGCCUGCGGUGUUGUUGGUGCACAGUAAUAGUAUGACGGUGACGAUGAACUUGUAG